GGUCAGCUUUGUGUCAUUUAGCUCCAGGAUGUUGAUGAAGUUCUUCAGAUAAUGCAACAAAGAAGAACUUCAGGACUGGUACAAGUUUCUGCUGUGCAUCUUCAAACAGGAAAUCUGAGAUUGGGAACAACUUAUAUUUUGGCUUGUAUUCGCUGAUCAUGGGGUGAUCCAGAAAUAAACUCCAGGCUUCAAAGUGAGCGUGUUUCAAAGCUGUCCUGCAGUUGAUCGAAACAUCCAGGCAAAGCAGGGAGACAAAUACCAGCGAGGAUUUUCUGAAUUAAGACUUAACCAAGGAGAUAACCCAUUUCAACACUAUUAUUACCCUUUUAUUUCAGAACAAAAAGGAAAGCAAAGAAUUAUAAAAAUGGCUGCGACGGCAGCAAAUACUCAAAGACAAACGAUAGGCUGUGAGGAGUACAGCCUGUACAGCAGCCUGAGCGAAGAUGAGCUUAUAAAGAUGGCCAUCCAGCAGAGCUUGGAAGAGGACCCCGCGGGUCAGCCGGUGGCCCAGAGCCCCCAGAAGUCGCUGGUGGCCCGUGCUGGGGAAGUGGCUGCCCCAAGCCGUGCCAGCCCACACAACCCUCCCUACCGCAUCUACCCGUGGCAAAGAUUGGCGGCCCAGCAGACAGGCCCUGCUCAGCCGUCCAGCUCGGGGGCAGCCUGGGGGGUCAGGCGAAGGUACGACAGCAGCCAGUUCAGCACAUCCCAGUCCGUAGAAAUUGACCCUGUAGUGGCAGCAAUCAGGGAUGGAGAUGAAAAAGCAGUAUGCAACAUGAUGAAAUCAGGAAAAAACCUUUCUGUACCUAAUAAGGAUGGCUGGAUACCCCUCCAUGAAGCUGCAUACUAUGGCCAAGUGGGCUGCCUGAGCCUGUUGCAAAAAGCAUACCCAGGCACCAUCGACCAGCGCACCCUCAAUGAGGAGACAGCUCUCUACCUGGCCACCAGCCGGGGCAACCUGGACUGCCUGCUCACCCUGCUGCAGGCUGGGGCUGAGCCCGACAUCUCCAACAAGGCCAGAGAAACGCCGCUCUACAAAGCUUGUGAGCGCAAGAAUGCAGAGGCUGCAAGACUCCUGGUGCAGUACAAUGCAGAUACCAACCAUCGCUGCAAUCGAGGAUGGACCGCUCUCCAUGAGGCUGUCUCCAGAAAUGACCUGGAGAUCAUUGAUAUCCUUGUGAAAGGGGGUGCCAAGAUUGAGUCAGCAAAUGCCUAUGGGAUCACUUCUUUAUUUGUGGCAGCUGAGAGUGGGCAGUUGGAAGCUUUGAGAUACCUUGCAAGAUGUGGUGCUGAUAUAAAUACACAAGCCAGUGAUAAUGCCUCUGCUCUUUAUGAAGCCUGUAAAAAUGGACAUGUGGCUAUUGUGGAGUUUCUUUUGUCCCAAGGAGCAGAUGCUAACAAAGCCAAUAAGGAUGGCCUGUUACCUCUUCACAUAGCAGCCAAAAAAGGGAUUUGCGAGAUUGUCUCCAUGCUGAUCCCUGUGACCAGCCGCACCCGUGUCAAGCGCAGUGGCAUCAGCCCCCUGCACUUAGCGGCAGAACGCAACAAUGACGAUAUCCUGGAAGAGCUGAUCGAAGCUGGCUACGAGGUCAACACUGCCCUCUCUGAUGAACGCUCCUGCCUUUAUGAGGACAGACGCACCACCCCACUCUAUUUUGCUGUUUUUAACAACAACAUCUACGCCACAGAGCUGCUGCUGCAAGCCGGAGCCAACCCCAAUGUUGACCUCAUCAACCCAUUACUCAUCUCCAUCCGCCAUGGCUGCCUGAAGACCAUGAAACUGCUUCUUGACCAUGGGGCAAACAUUGAUGCCUAUAUAUCAAGUCAUCCCACCACAUUUCCAGCUACCAUCAUGUUUUCAAUGAAGUACCUUUCUGUGCUGAAGUACCUCCUGGAUCUGGGCUGCGACGCGGGUUCCUGUUUUGAGUGUCAGUAUGGAAAUGGCCCACACCCUGCAUUAAAUUACAGGCGGGAAAGACUUAAUGAUCCUCAGGUGACCAGGGAGCCAGCUGUAGUACAGUUUUGUGAAAUGGUGUCUACUCCGGAGAUAAGUCGCUGGGCCGGGCCAAUCAUCGAUGUUCUUCUGGAUUAUGUGGGUAAUGUGCAGCUCUGUUCCCGCCUCAAGGAGCAUAUUGACAGCUAUGAGGACUGGGCUGUCAUUAAAGAAAAAGCAGAACCUCCACGACCUCUUUCCCAUCUUUGCCGCAUCAAGGUACGGAGCCUGGUUGGAAGAAACCGCAUUAAACUCCUCGACACCCUGCCCCUCCCAGACAGACUGAUCCGCUAUUUACAGCACGAUUACUCACAGUGACCCCAAGCACACCGGGUAUGCAGCAGCUUCCCAGCGUGGCACAGGUGCACAGCCGGGAGGAAUUGCUGCUGGCUUGGUCAAGCACCCUCCCAUGACUAAUCUAAGAGAAAUGUGCUUUUGAAGCAGGAGUGAGAAGAAAACAGAGGAGACAGCUAACAUAGGAGACUGCUGUUAGGUUUUUCAAGAGAAAAUACAUACAAUUCACCUCAGACCUUAGUCUGCACGAAGAAGAAGAAAUGAAAGCCAAUACUGACAAAUGAGUAGUGCUGAAGCAAGUAUCAGCAAGGAACUCAAAAGUGUCCUGAAGCUGUGGUGGAGCUUAGCAUCUUUGCUGUGGUCACAAUUCAGAACUUGUCAAGAAUCAACAUCUUUGGGAAAGCAAUCACAUUACCUUCACUGACUGAGAUUUUUAUUGUAGUUUCUAUUCUAUUGUUUGGAUUUCUAAGUGUGUUGGUUGCUAAAUCUCUAGUAUUUUGACACCACCUUGCUAACACCUUUACUUCUUUUUUUGUACCUUUCUUAUUAAGUACUUGAUUUAUGAACCUUCAAAUCUCAGAACUCUUUAACAGACUAAAAUCCGGAAAUGCCGAAUCCUUUAAAAGUCAAGGAAAGGUUUAUUUAAGGAGGAUGGAAGAAUUAUAUUUGCACAUAGUGAAUACACUUCAUUCUGUAUUAUAUUUGCAAUAGGAAGUAAGUGAAAUUUUGCUUGAGAGAAUUUCCUAGACUAGGGAUUUGAAAGCAACCCUUAGCUCUUUGGGGUUUUUUUUUUGGUGUAAAUUAGAAGUAGCUGCACUGUAAACAGUAGGUUUAUGCUUUCAUGAAGCUGGUGUCAGAACAGAACAAAGCCCUAGAGGAGCAGGAACAGAGAGUGAUGUGAAGGAGAGAGGCAACACUGCUGAACCAACUUAUUCUCUUCCUCCUCCAAAAGAUCUUAUAUCUAUAAAAAUCAGCCUCUCUGACCUCCUUGGACCUCUGUGGCUGUAACAAUACCCUGACUGAAAGUAAGAGAAAUUAUUUCAAAAUUAUGGAAUUCAAACUGCAAGAUUUAUGGAAAUGAAUACCCAGAAUUAGGUUUCCGAAUCUUUAUUCAGGUGCCUAAACAAUGCCAAGUUGCUUGCACCAGGUGUUGUUCCACUUAAACCAAGGGAAUCAUAUUCAGUAUGAGAUAUUACUGAGGCAGAAUAAAAAAUGUCAGAAUUUAGCCCUGAAUUUUCUGACUUUGGAAGUUUGAAGUCUCUAUUAGCUUCCUUUGACACUGAUGAAAGUUAUUAUCUCAGCUUCUUUGAAAAUUAGGUCACCUAUUUACAGCUCAGAUCCACAACUGAUUUAUGGCAGCUUAACAAGUCACCAUCUAUCUGCUGAACCACUAUAAUUGUCCGUGAAAUUCUUUUAUUGAAGUUUUUAACAAGUCACAUUCCCUCACAGUUGGAGAGGCCAAGGAGCCCAUGAACAGUUAUUGGCAGAGACUACAGAUCACUUGACAGGUGUGACUUGGUGAACUGCUUUGAUGAGUGCUUUAUUCCUCACUAGGCACCUAAGAAAGAAUGGAAGAAACUAAAUUUGGAACUACAUCUUUGCAGAUCUUAUGCUAGAAGCACACUCCUUACCUUAGGUGACAGAGGAGCUGUGCACCAUGGCCUGCUUGGAGUCCCCACGAGAGACCUUUCAGAUUUGGUUUUGUUUGUUAGUCUGCAUACCAUCCAUGGAAUAUGAUAGAACUCUAGGUAGGGAAAAUUCAUUGCACUGAGUUUUAUUUGUGUGGAGUUUUAUACCUUAACACAGGACUAAAGUGUGUUGCACAAAUACAACUAAUACAAUCUAAUCUGUCUGGACACAGACUGUGAUGACUUUGCGUGAAAUGUCUUCAUCACUUGUGUGACAGGAUGUGAGCAGAAAAAACAUUGGUUGCAGGAUUGCUUAUUCUAUCCAUUGCUGUCCCCUUUAAAAAUGCAAAAAUUGAAAAACCACCAGAGUUUCAAUUCACACUGGAAACUACUCUUGUAAAGCUUUAGAAAGUCAGGUGAGAUUCCUCCACUGGUGAAAUUUCAUCCAGUAACUUCCUUUACUGCCAGUUUAAGAUCUACUCCCUUGUCUCCUGCAGGGUGAAUAGGGAAUUGGUUUAGGUUAGAAAAACAUUGGGUGGAGAGAAAAGGAACAAGAAAUUGCUGUAUCAGUUCUGCCAGUGAAGGCUCUGUAUUGGUAAGCAGUAUCUGGACAGAUAGGAAAUCACUGUGGACUUCAUGCAUCUCUCACUUUCUGGGGCUGUGCAACAAAGAUCUGGGUCUUACAUCGAUAUAAAUCAGAUGUCCUUGAAAUCAAGUAAGUAUAAAAAAAGCAGAGUUGUAGAGGGUGAUGGAUACAGACAGAGCUUGGUGGAGACCACUUCAGAGUUUGGUGUGCAGUGACAGUCCUGGAGACCCUGGCAGGUAGAAGGGUUCACAAUCACCAAAUACAUGUAUAACUCUAGAAGUGGGAUUUCAUAAGUAUCCCAACCCGGGAAUUUCCCCUGAGCCAACAUUUCUGUGUCCACAAAAGUCUAGCAAGUAGCAAUUCCUUUUUAUGUCCUUGGAGAAGCUGAAACUGGGUUUGAAUGGGAUAAAUAUGGUAAGCCCAUUUCUUCUUUCAACCAAGAGACCUUCAUUUCUGUUGGGAGACCCAUGUCCUGGUUGCUGUCAACGAUCUGUCCUGAGCAGGAGUCACUGAGCCAGAGAGCACUGGUCUGAUGGGAACAUAACACAGCUGUGGGAAGGACAAGUGCACGCUGUGCACAGAAACUGAGGUGAGAAGAGUCUAUCAGUUAGAGGGGGAGUCUGGUAAUUACAAUGUUAUUAAGUCCUUUCUGCUCGAUCUUUAUUGCAAACCUUCACACACUCAGUUUACAUUUAUUUGCACUGAAAUGGAGCCCACUACCUCUCCACUCCAGUCACUGAAAUAUUUUGUGCACAAUACUGAAUCUGCACAAAUUCAAUGUGCCUUUAAUGCAUUUACAAGUUACUGUGAAAAGAAAAACACUCCAAAACCCAGGCACGUCAGGCUUUGUAAGCAGAUCAGUAAUUCUAGUGCAAGGUAAAGUGUUUUGUUUCACUGAGUGUGAUAGUUAGACUCCUUCAGAGAGGAUGACUUCAUGUGAAAUGUUCUAGGAAUAUUUCAUGACCAGGUUACUGUACUUUUUUUUUUUACUGCAAUAUGUGCAAUUCACUUGAUGUUCUUGUGCACUUUUCUGAUUUUUUAAUUUUAUUUUGUAUGAAAGUUUUUUCAUUUACCUCUCCCUUCGCAUUAUUUAUAAAAGCUAUUGUGUUUUUAAAAGUUUAAAUCUGCAUUGUUCUAGUAAAUAGCAGCUCUCAAAUGUUAUGUUUCCUUCUUUCAAACAACGUAUGAAUAAACAAGUAGAUUCUUAAGGA